AUGCAAGAAAGCAUUUAUAAUCUAAUUCCUAAAGAGAAAACUCCUCCAAAAAAAGUUACUAAAUUAUAUAAGUCCACUAUUCCUGGAACCAUUGCUCCUACAGGAAGUACAUUUGGAACUCAAUCUUUAAUAAUCCCUGUCACUAAUGUUAAUGGAUCAUACAUAAUUUAACAUAAUCGCUAUCGAUCAGAAAGUGGUGUUUUGGGUAAAUCUAAAAAUUGUAAAUAUUAUUCUUAACUUUAGAAAAACUAGAACCAAUUAAGCAUAGACAUAUGGGUAAUAAUAGUCUAGACAUCUGGGCUGAAAAAGGAUCUAUUCAUAGAAGUGUUGAUCUAACACAUUAACAUUCUGCUACUAAACCAUAAAUACCUAAGUUGUGUGAAAAACCUAUUAUGGGAUUAAAAUAACAUAAAAAUUUUAUUGCUACUAAUGCAAUUGAUGUCAUUUUAGCUAGUUAUAUUUUAUAAUACUACUUAGAUCCUAAGAAACAAGAAACAGAGCCUGAAUGGACUAAAAAAUCUACUUAUGGAAAAGUUCCCCCUUAUUUAACUCAAAUUAAAGACACUAUUAAAGAAUAAUUUUAUGAAGAAUAAUACAGAAAAUAAUUAGAAUAAUAAGAAUAAGAUAAUAAAUUGUAUAUAUUAUUUAAUUCUUAAUAGACAAUAAAUCCCUGAUGAAGAGUUAGAAUAAAUAAGACAAGGUCUAAAAAAGAAAUAUGAUGAAUUAAAUCAUUAAUAUUAAUAGUAAACACAUUGUAGAGUGUUUGGAACAAUAGGAGUGAAAAGAAGAAAAGAAAAUUAUGAAAAAGAAUUAAUAUAAUUGGAAUAAGAUAUUGAAAAAUUGAAUAAGAAAUAUGUAUUUAUUUAGCAUUGA